AGAAAGGGGAAGGGGAAGGGGAAGGGGAAGGGGAAGGGGAAGGGGAAGGGAGCGGCCGCCGCCAUGUUGUGUGGAGGCACCUCGGCGGCUCGGCCCGCCACCGCCGAGACGCAGCAGAUCGCGGAUGAGGUGAAACCUCAUCUAGAAGAAAAAGAAGGGAAAACGUUUGAUGUCUUCACUGCAGUGGAAUUUAAAACUCAGGUGGUUGCUGGAACAAACUACUUCAUCAAGGUCCAUGUUGGCAAUGAGGAGUUUGUGCACCUGCGGGUGUUCAGAAGCCUUCCUCACGAGAAUAAGCCGCUGAGUCUCCACAGCUACCAGAGCAGCAAGACUAAGCAUGAUGAACUGGCUUUUUUCUAGCAAGCUUAUCUUACGCAUCUUCCUAAUGGUUUCUUACGUGCAUUUUCUAUAGGCCGCAAACUGUUGAUUCCUGUGCCAACAAAGGACAAAAGAAGGUGUAUUUUUUUUUGUCGCUUAAUGCUGGAAAAAAAUCAGUGUCUUUUAUGCCACUCCCUUACUUUGCAAUAUCUCAAUUUUAGAGUCGCACAGCUCUCCUUUCACCUACACUAAUGCAAACCCAAGUAGCUGCACUGACUUCUGUGCAACUUAACAGGAAUACUGUGGCUGAGUCCUGUUUGUGGACUUCCUUGGUCUGGAAAUUGAAAGGGGAGUGACAGUAGCACUCACGUUUGCAGCAAGCAGCAAGAGGAAAAGCCUGAAUCUCUUCUGUGCUGUUUUGCAACUGUGAACGUAUCUGUAGAUUUAAAUUGUGCUAUGUAUUUUAUUGGCAAGGACCUGAACAGAGACUUGAGGUAAAGCGAUUUUGAAAGCAAGAGAAAGGAGGAGGAUUAUAGUCUUUGGAAACAAGCAUUCCCUUGGAAAUCAUGUUUACUGUCUUGCAGCAGCAGGACAUAAUGUCCAGUAGAGGGUGUAUGAGUUAAAAAAAAAAAAACAAAACACUUGCUUAUUUUCUCAGUCUGAAGGAAAAGUCCUGGAAAGGAACUUAAGCUGGACAAGCCUUUGUGUAUUAAUAACAAUAAAUAUUUCUCUGAACUGA